UCCCUUAAAUGGAGGAUGUUGUGCCCAGCGCCCCAUACAACAGUGCCGGUGCCUCGGCGACUGUAUUGCCCGCGUCGGUGGAGAUGCUCUUAGAUCUCUGGAGACGGUCAUUGCCGCCACGCACGGCUCGCCGGCGGGGGUGCACCACGGCGUCUCGGGAGGAACAUGGCAAGGAAACAAAUCAACGGCUUACCCUGAUGCGGCUGGGGUGCUCGAAAAGGGUGGGGAUGGCCGGACGGCAACAAAUCGGUCCGCGGCAGCGGCGGCUGGAGCUUGGGAAGACGAGGGCGUCGGCAGACAGUCUAUUUGGGGCAGAGGACGCAGACGACACGACAAGGCGAUACGGUCCAGCGUGUCUCGGGGCGGCCUCCUUCAACGAUCUCGGAGGCAUGCUCUCAUCUCUGGAGAUGCUUCUCAAAAUUAUACAAGAAUUGUGGCCUCCUCCUUGCGACCAUCUGGUGCAGCAGCCCCAUCAGGUCGGCCUGUGUGUUUGGCGCCGGUGGCUUGGACAAAUGUGUAGGAGCAGAAGAAGUGCAAGGAAGAUGCAAACGUGUGGUAGCAGAAGCACUACAAGAUCGUCGCUUAAGGCGGCUAUGCUCUGUGCUUCGCCGAGCACUCACCUGCACCAUUACCGAUCAAUGGAGAUCCAAGGCACUUGGUUCCCAUCAAGGCCUUCACCUUCAGGAGGGGUACUGAACAACGGUGAGGAGCGCGGCCACCUGGUCGACCAUUGGAGCACCGCAGUUCGGUUCAUGGCAGAAUGCUCCUAGAGCUAUUUUCUCCUCUGUGCCGCUACUGUGAACCUCUCCAGAUUUAUGUGAUGAAUUCUGGUAAUUGCAACAUUGAAUGUAACAGAGGCUUUGCAACUUGAAUUCAAAUAAAGUACUAUUUCUACUUAAGAUGUGCCAUAGUGUAUGGAAAAUCAUUAGGAAAGAAUUAAUAUGUCUAGCAAUAUACAAAGAGGCAACCCUCCCAAGCAUAUUCUAAAGGAUAGUGAGAACCAACCUGAGGUUGGGUGGUUAGGAGGGUGGUUAUACCCCCAGCCCACCAGAGUUCAAACCCCAGGUUUAACAUCUGUGUGUCUCAUAAAGGCGGAAUAUUCUUUCAGUGGGAGGCGACGUUCCCGUCGACAGCGAGGCGCCUGUGGUGACUUUCGUCAAUUUCAAGAUCCAAUCCGCCGGCUCGGUCUUCCGGAGGUGCUCAUAGGGGUAGGGUGUGCGUAUGUGCGUUCAUAGGGGUGAGUGUAUGUGCGUGUAUGUGAGCGCCUGCGUUUGUACUGUGUUUCUCAAAAAAAAUAUUCUAAAGGAUAGUAAUCCUCUUUAGUUCUUAAAUUGAUAAAUUGAAAUGCCAAGAGCCCACGUAUGACUGGAAGGAUACACUGCAGACAUUACAGUUUUGGCAGUCUGAUGUGUAAUAAGCAUUAAUGCAUGUUGAUAUUGUGGUAGAUGCUUUGCUUCACAUUGCCUUUCUGGUUAAACUGAAGUUUGAGUUAAAUUUGUUAGCUAUCUUUCCAUGUUAAUCUUUCCAAGACUGUUUGUUGGGCAAACACUUGCUUCAUCAACUGAAUUCAUGUGUUUCUUUGGUGCAGAACUGUGGAUUAUAGAGAUCUGAUACAGACCAAAGAGAUUUUUUGUGUUUGCUCCAGAAGAGACCGUCGUCAAUGGCAUCUUCUCCAGCGCCGUGAAUAUGCGGCACCAAUAGCAGCAUCAACACAAGGUUUCCUCUAGGCUCGCUCAGUUUUUGCAUUUGUACCAUGUACAUUUGUAGUCCGAUGCUUUUUAACAGUAAACUAUAGGAACAAAUAACCAUUGACUGGAUUAUAGAUCCAAACACAUCUCUUGAUUAUUAAAUCCCCAGUUUUACAAUGUUGAAUCUUUCAAAAAAAUAAGAGCGCUAAUACACAUAAACAUAGAGAAGAUAUCUUUCUCCUUUUUGUAUGAAAUGUUGCAAUUCUCUAAUCUAUUUCACCGCCACAUGAAUAUUUGAUAUUUCCUACUCUUUGGAUAGAGCUUACAAGAUAUAAAUGUGAUCCUAAGCCCAGAAGGAUAGGAUCAUGCUAGUAAAUGCAUAACGUAUGCUUAGAAAAACAAAGAAAUGGAGCAUUUUCGGAAGAAAAGAAAUGGAGCUGACAAAAAGGGACUUGCACUUCAGCAACUCACGAGAACAAUCAUAUCAUUUCUCGGGUAGACUAUCUAUUUAACAUUCUUUCAGUACCAAGUGAGUUUUUUUGGCUAUAUUUUCCUGUCCAAAGUAAUUAUUUUAACUCAUGUUGAGUUAAUAAAAUUGUCUUAGGGAUAUGGAUUUUCCCUUUCCUCUAUAAAGAAGUACCUUAUGCUGAAAAAAAAUCAAGGGAAGGUGAGGUAUGUUUUUUGGGUCCUAAUUAUAAGCAUUGCCAGUUGGCUGUGUGCCAAGAUCCAGUAUAGUUAGAGCCAAGGAUGAUAGACUAUUCUAUUUCAUACACGCGGCUGCAAACAAUUAGUAAGGUUUUAAUGCAUCCGACUUUGUUUAUCUUAAGGUUGAGUGGACUGGCUAUAUUUUAAUUUAGGCAGCUCAGUAGUGUCGACCUCGAACUAAUGGAAAUGAGAGAAACCUUAGUUCACAUUAUAUAUGAUCUAUAUGCAUUUCUUAAUCAACAUGCUGAGAAAUAUAAUCAUGCUACUUGGUAAUACUAUCACAUUUUCUGUUGGCCCUCAUUACAGAUAAGGAACAGUUGUGGCUGGCUGGCAGCAGGUGUCCUUGCACAAAUUAGAAUACCAAUGUAUCCAUUUUCUUACUAUUUUAUAUUAAGGUGGUAAACAAUAACACAGUUUUCUGAUCUUGAGAACUUAUUUUUAUUAUACUAGGAUCAUCGUUGAGAUUUGAUUGCUAAGGCACAUACUAAUUUCUUCUUCUUGGAGAAUCAACAUAUCACUUUGAGUGUCUAAGCCAUGACUCAAUAGAUAGUCAAAUGUAUGCAGAGAGUUUUCAUAUAAGGGUUUAAUCAUUUUUAAUUU